CUAAUAGCAAAGUCUACCAUAUCCCAAAACUCAUAUUUCUAUUCACCAAAAGUAGAAAUAUUCAAAAAGAAGCUGAAUAUCAAUAGAGUUCGAAAUCAACAAAGAAUAAACAGACUGAACACUGAAUAAGAAGAAGGGGGAAAUAUAAAGUCAGGCGGUACAUAGUGGAUGUUGAUGCAACUACCCUCCAAUCUUCAUUAUGGUUGUUUCUAAUCCGAAGAAAAACCUCGAAGGUUGUAAACUACCCGUAAAAUUACCGGAAUCGGAUUUUUUUCAUACUGCUGAGAUCCUGGGCACAAGAGAUGUUGGUGACUGUACAUACUACUACGUUCAUUACGAUGACUACAACAAACGGCUAGACGAAUGGGUCAGUGCGGACCGCCUUGACUUUUCGAAAUUAGAGAGACCUCUAAAGAGGUCUACAAAGGAUUCUGUAAACCCAGUUUUCACCUUAUCGUCGACAGAUGAUGAGGUGCUAAGCUCCUCAGAACUUCGGAAUUCAGAAUCCGAACUGAAUCCUCCUCUUAAGAGUCGCAGUUCAAGUUCCUCCAGCUUAACACAGCUUAAAAGAAAACGACCACCUGAUGAUGUUUAUGAAGGACCAAUACACCUUACGCUUCAAAAUGAUUUGGAUGAUCUUGUGUUUGAUGGUUCUCCAACAUCCGGCAAACCAAGACAAACUGGUAGUAUGGUUUCAAGCAACUACGAACAAGAUACAGUUACAAGAAUGAGAAACCUAGAAUGGAUUGAAUUAGGGCGAUAUCGGAUUAAACCGUGGUAUUUUUCACCAUAUCCACAGGAGUUGGUAAACGUGCCAUGUGUAUAUAUUUGUGAAUUCUGCUUGAAGUAUCUGAAAAGCUUGACUUGCCUACGCAGACACUUAAGCAAAUGCACGUUAAGAAAUCCACCGGGGAAUGAAAUUUAUCGGAAACUUCCCCAUAGUUUCUUUGAGAUCGAUGGACGCAAAAAUAAAACGUAUGCGCAACACCUAUGCCUUCUCGCAAAACUGUUCUUGGACCAUAAAACUUUGUACUAUGACACAGAUCCUUUCUUAUUCUACGUACUUUGUGAAAUAGACUCCCGUGGGUAUCACCUAGUAGGAUAUUUUUCAAAAGAAAAGGAAUCCUCUGAGGACUACAAUGUCGCUUGUAUUUUGGUACUUCCACCUUUUCAGCGUAAAGGCUACGGGAAAUAUCUAAUUGAAUUCAGUUAUGAAUUGAGCAAAAUUGAAGGUAAAUCGGGAUCACCUGAAAAACCGUUGAGUGAUUUGGGCUUAUUAUCUUAUCGGUCGUAUUGGGCUCAAACAAUUUUGGAGUUAUUAUUAAAUUCUAAAGCAAGUGAAUCUGGACAAGAUCCUGCAUUAAGUAUCAAUGAUAUUGUCGACCGAACGUGUAUUAAACGAGAUGAUGUUAUUGCUACAUUAUCUCAUUUAAAUGUAUUAUAUUAUGUUAAAGGUCAACAUGUUAUCUAUUUAUCGCGUGACCUUAUCCAAGCUCAUCAAAAAGCAAUGCAACGUCGUAAUCUUCGUGUUGAUUCAAAAUUACUUAAUUGGAAAGCAAAAGAUUGGAGUAAACGUGGACGAUGGUGAUUGAUGUGAUUGUCUACCUGCUAUACUUAUACAUUUAAUGAUAUCUACUAAUAUUAUUAUUUGUUUUGCCGUUUGUUUUUGUAUCUGUUCGUGUUUGCGUGUAUGUGUGUGUGCCAAUCAGUCAAUUAGUCUUAUGUCUUACAGUGAAUGACUACACCCGUCGGUGUAUCUCUGUUCCUCCGACUUUCUUUCCCUCUAUCUUGUCCUUUUGUGACGUAUGUAUACAUUAUUUAUUUAGUAAUCUUCAGUGAACACGAUACUUUAUGAAAUUUAGGUUGUAUAAUAAAUUGUAUACAGUUAUGUAAUAAGUUGUUGAAAGUAAUGCUUAUACAACAAUUACUGUUAUUUGGAAGAGCUUAAGCAGUUCUUUUCUUACUGAAAUCAUCUUUUUUCUGAGAUAGCGAUUCCACGUAUAUAUAUAUAUAUAUAUAUAUAUGCACAUAUGGAGCGGUUGAUUAUUCGCUUCACUCACCCAUUAUUAUUUAGAUUUUCAUUCUUCCUAGCCUCAUUUAGACUUGUAUCCUCAUAGUUCACAUAUUGAAUUCAGGUAAUUGGUAAUACUCAUAAUUCUAUCACUAACACUUACUGUACUAUCACAAAGUAAAUGAAAGGUGAGCUGGAAGAAUUGUUAAAUUUCAAGUUCGCUCAUGAAUUUACUUCAUUUAGAAAAACAUUGAGAAACAAGGAUUACUGGACAGUUAACUGUGUUGUCUUAUUUACAGACCGGUUAACUGUAUAAUGGUACUCUGACUGAUGUCAUUUCGUGAUCAAACUUAAAACCAAUCAAAUCCCUGCAGACCAACACUUGAAGAUUGAUCUAGUGGGAAGUUUUGGUCAACAAAAUCCACCGAGUUGGAUUUGAAGACAAAUACUCACCAAUGACAUUGCAUGGUGGUCGUGCGAUGUAUUGCGAAUUGGGGGGAGUUAGAAUUGAUGAGCUAUUGGAUUUUGUCACAAUGGUUGGUUGGCUAACGAGCUCGCCUUGUGAACUAAUGGUCUCAGGUUCGACUCCCUAUGCAGUCAUGUGAUAAAGUGUCCCAAACAGGGACGAAACAGCCUCACCGUACUCCCUAGUUUUUAAUGGUUCCGUAAAUGAAUUUAGUUCACGAUCAAUAAGUUAGGAUGUGCCAAGAAAACUUCAGUGACUUGAUCUUUAACUUCCGUCAUGGUCAAAAGUUCAGGUAUGUAGGUCACAUAGGGGAGAAUGUCACCUCUUGAUAUAACAGUGUGUGUAACUAGUGUCAUAAUAUUAUGUUUCUCUUAUACCAUUGUUACUAUUGUAAUUGGUGACUAACUUUUCAAUAAGUUAAACUUUGCACUGAGGUACCUGAAUUCAAGGUGUCAUUUUUGGCGUUGGCGCGCAUAAAACUAGUAAAAAGAAAUGCAAUUAAAUCGCAGUGGAAAACUAUGUACCGGAGAGAGAACAAGUAUGUUAAGACUACUGACGAUUUUCAGAAUCUGUUUAGUGAUAAGUAGUGAAUAAAUCUGCUCCAUUAGGAGCCAUGCCAUUGUUUCUUAGCAUCUGGAGGACUUCAGUUAAGUGGUCUUCUGUGAUGGAUAUGUAGUCUGAUAUAUACGCCAGUUUAGUUGGCAAGUUGAUUUGGUCAUGUGGGUGAUAUGAGAUUGUCACCGAUGUAUUGGGGAAAACGAUUGUGUUUAAGAAAAUUUGGGCCUGAAUUUCAUUACCUUGAAUUGAGUAGGCUAGUAGGAAUGGUGAAUCAUGAGUGCGAAUUCACCUCAGUUGAUUUGUAUAGUUUUAGUAUUUGUAAGUGUUGUUACACAGAGGAAAAAGGAGCAGAUGCUUAGGAAUUCGAUGUGUGGUUUAGUAAUUUAACGUUAAGAAAACGAUGCCAUACGAGUCAAGCUUCUUAGUUAUCAAGCCUUGUAGAAUCAGCAACAUUAAAUUCGUCUCUAUUGAAGAAGCCUAUUUUUAAUUCAUAUGUAUCUUCUGGUAUUAAGUUAUAAUGUAAACAAAAUAUUCAGUAUAGUUAUUCCAUUGAAUGUAGGUACAGACCAGUUGGCCUAAUUGCCAGACUUUCAAAGAAUGGGUUUGAAUCUCGCUCCACAUAAUUCAGCUUGAGCGAAUGACUGAGUAGUUUCAUCAUCCCUCUUAGCCAGGUACAUAAGAAAUCUGAUCCUGGUAACUGGGAUGCGAUUCAGUGACCUAUGCACUAUUACUUCAGGAGUCAACCAGCUCCGAUGUCAGAACAGGUGCUUACCUAUGACGUCGGUUGGUAGUGGCGCAACAUACAGCGAAAUUGCAGUGUGAUCGGUGGCCUUUCCUCAUAACACCAAAGUCCUAGGUUCGCUGGCCGGUAGAAGAAUCAUGAAUGCGUCCAAAACUAGGACGAUACAGCUAUGUAGUACUCAAUUGUUUUCUAACUAGUGUUGGUUCGGGAUCUAACUUGAAAUCGAACAAAUCCCUGUGAAUCGACAAUUGAAAACACAAGAAUCACCAAAGCGUAAUUUUCACAGGUGAAAAUUACAGCCUCAUAUUUAGUGGUAAGAAUCCAUUCACGUAGUUAGUUACUCAGAGCAGAUUUUUCAUCUAUGAGUCUAUGGACAAAAUAGUUGCCCAGUACUUCCUUGUUUUCAAUGCUUCUCUAACUGAUAUCAAUCCGUGGUUCAACCUGAAAGAAAAAGAAAUGAUCGUUUAGAGAUGAAUUAUUCUUUUCGAAGAUACCAUUCUCAAUUUGUAGUAAAGCACAUUUAUAAUACAUUCACAUUGCAAUGAAAGGAAUUUUUCCAAAGAUGUAUCAUUGCAAUUUUCAGUUUUAGAUAACAAUCAACAGAUUAUGUAAUACAGAAGCAUUAAUCAGGCAGAGACUAAAUUAGUGAACUGAGUGAUGAUAUAUAUAUGGUAUCGAAACAAUGUUUACCAAGGAAGGUUCAGUGUGAUGAUGAAUUGUUUUGAUAUUGCAUAAAGGUGGUUUAAACUUUAUAAUUGCUAGGCCUCCUAUAAACUUUAAGAUACGCUCCAAACACGUCUUACAGAUAGGUUUAAGAGAUGUCAAUUUUAUAUCCUGUCUCUAUAAUAUGUUUCUCAAUAGAGCAGCUAGUUCCCCACUUCUCACCAUCAAUAGGUUCUGGGGAUUCUAUUUGUUUCUGGAGCCAGUUAGGAAUAUGCUCUGAAGCCAGCCCUUACUUGCAGAGAUCGGUGAGUGCUCCCUAUAUGUGUCCACACAUACGUGCAAAAUGGUAAAUAUAGUGGGAUGUUACAUAAUUUUUCGCAUGUUCAAAGGGCUUAGAUAGAUAUAUAGGUUUCUCAUUCUCAAUUACUAUGACAUUAGCUGCAUACAAAAUCUUUUUAAUAGCAGUGUUCAAUCUAUUUCCAGUUAUCAAGUUGCUAUGAUACUCCAUAUAGGGUGGCUUGAUGUACACGUCUUAGAGGGGAGUUUUAGAGUGGGUCUUGGUGUUCUGACUACUUGUAAUCAACCAGAGUUUGUGUCAACUUUCUUUCUUUUCCAUCAAGUGUGCCGUCAGUGCAUAUUCGUUGGAUUCUACUGAAGAGGCAUCUCACUCAUUAACGCUCUUUUGUACAAAACGGCAAAAACUGUGAUGAUUUAGAUACUGUCCUGUCCGUGCGGAUUUCUUAUAAAUAGGUAGUUUUAUUGAUCCAUCAAGCGGUUGACUAAGCAAUGUUUCUUUGUUUUGAUACCAGCCAGGGUAGAUGUACUAUUAGCUUUGUUAUUUGGUUUAGUGGUCUUCGUUGUUAUUUUCAUCUUCAAAAUGUCCUUUUUACUUGACCUAAAUUUAUUUUCUCACUUCUUAACAUAUAUAUAUAUAUAUAUAUAU